UCUCCUCUCCCUCUCCAAAGUUUUCAAAGAACAAAGCACUUCUCUCUCUCUCUCUCUCUCUCAAGCCACAAUUAGAUAGGUUACUUGUCACAAAGAUCACACCUUUUUGUUCAAAGCUUGCACUUUUUGUUGAAAAGCAUAAAUCUUGCUCAAGGUUUUAUUGCAAGGGAUCUCUUUUCCGCCAUAUUCCAACCAUUUUGAUUCAGAAAGUUGGAAAGGUUGAAGUGGGUUUUUCUUGUUUCCUGCUCUCAGAAAAGGUGUCUGAUUUAACCUAGCUAUGGGAUUCUCAUCACAGAGUGGUUUCUAUAUUUCUGGGUUGGAUGAGAUUACACUUGGCUCCAAAUCCAAGGGGGAUUAUAGGUUUUGUCCCCCCUUCAAUUCUUCACAAUAUAAGGAUUCAAAUUCAAGAGCUUUUCCUGUGUUGAGUUGUGAUUUCUUGGGCAAACCCAUUAUUGUCUCAGAUCAAAAGGGUUUUGAGCAUUGGAAGGUCAAAACGCCAAGCGAUUUCUCUGUUCAUGCUCAAGCAUCUAUCUGUGUAAGCCGAGCUAUGAAAUGGUGGGAGAAGACCCUUCAUCCCAACAUGGUGGAGAUCCAUUCUGCUCAAGAACUUGUUGAUUCCUUGAAGAACGCUGGGGAUAGAUUGGUUGUAGUUGACUUCUACUCACCUGGUUGUGGAGGUUGCAGAGCUCUCCAUCCCAAGAUCUGUCAGCAGGCUGAAUUGAACCCAGAUGCAAUUUUUCUUAAAGUUAACUAUGAGGAGCUCAAGACUAUGUGUCAUGCCCUCAACAUUCAUGUGCUACCAUUCUUUAGGUUUUACAAAGGUGCAGAAGGUCGUGUAUGUAGCUUCAGCUGCACCAAUGCCACUAUUAAGAAAUUCAAAGAUGCCAUGGCAAAACAUGGGACUGGCCGUUGUAAUCUUGGGGGCCCAGCAAAAGGUUUAGAUGAAUCUGAGAUGUUAAAGUUAGAUUCAAUGGGUGAAUUAUCAACAACAUCAACAUCUCCUUCCAUGAAGGAAGAAAGAGUGGAGGAUCUAGUCACAGAAAUUAUAGAUAUGGCUGGUGUUUGGAGCAAUGCAAGCCAUAAUAUAGAGCUUCAAGAAGAAAGUUCCAUGGUGAAAGUUUAAAGCAGCUCUCUAUCUCUGGGACAGUUCCUACUUGGUGGUGGUGUUGUACAUAUCUUUUAAUUUUUUGGGUUUUCCAUAAGCAGGGGCUCUGGCUUUUUUUACAUUGAGCCCUGCAAGUUUGGUUAAUCUUAUUAUUAGAUUGGAUAUUGUGAUCUGAUUAAUGAUUUUUAAUCAGAUCAAGCUUGUUAUUUCUUCCAAUUUGCUUGUGGUAGAAUAUGGAGUUACGGAUUUGGUACCUAGAACAAUUUUGCAUUUGU